GACUCUGGUGGCGAGUGGUGACGCCACGGAGCAGAGACGGCGGUGAUGCCGCGUUCAGGGGAGGGGCGCGCAGCGGGGACGGCGGCGCUCGGGCAGGAACAGGAAUUGCUCUGAAGGGCUUAAGACUGUGCGAAAAAGAUGUUUCCUUUAAAAGACACUGAGAUGGGUGCCUCCACCUUUUUUGCCUCUGCUCUGCCACAUGAUGUUUGUGGAAGCAAUGGCCUUCCUCUGACACCUAACUCCAUCAAAAUUUUGGGAAGAUUUCAAAUCCUUAAAACAAUCACCCAUCCCAGACUUUGCCAGUAUGUUGACAUUACCAGAGGUAAACAUGAGAGGCUGGUGGUAGCUGCUGAGCACUGUGAAGAGAGUCUGGAAGAUUUGCUACGAGAAGGAAAGCCAGUCAGUUCUUCAAGGAUCUUAUGCAUAGCAUAUGAAGUUUUGCAAGGUUUGCAAUAUAUGAACAAACACGGAAUGGUCCACCGAGCACUCUCCCCUCGCAAUAUUCUUUUGGAUCGAAAGGGACAUGUGAAAUUGGCUAAAUUUGGGCUCUACCAUAUGACUGCUCAAGGUGUUGAUGUUGAUUUUCCUAUAGGGCACCCAUCAUAUCUGGCACCUGAAGUAAUUGCACAGGGAAUAGUCAAACCAAAUGAUCAUACUCAGUGUGAGAAGCCUCUGCCUUCUGGCCCUAAAUCAGAUCUGUGGUCUCUUGGUAUGAUAUUAUUUGAGCUUUGCAUGGGGAGAAAAUUAUUCCAGAGUUUGGAGAUAGCAGAAAGAUUGAAAUUUAUAAUUAUGUUAGGCUGUGUAGAUGAUAUUGUAACUGUAUUGGCAGAAGAACAUGGUUGCCUUGAUACUAUUAAGGACCUUUCUGAAAAUAUCAUAGCUUUACUGAAGAAAUGUCUUACAUUCCAGCCAUCUAAGAGGCCAACUCCAGAGGAACUGCUGCAUGACAGCUUGUUCAGUGAGAUAUCCUCACUAUAUCCCCUCUUCCACAAACCUGCUGGUCUGUUCUCAUCUUCUCCAAGAUGUGCUAAUUUAACACUUCCUGAAGACAUAAGUCAGUUAUGUAAAGAUGAAGAUAAUGAUUACCUAGCAGAAAGAUCAAUUGAGGAGGUUUAUUACCUGUGGUGUUUGGCUGGGGGAGACUUGGAGAAAGAACUUGUCAACAAGGAAAUCAUUCGAUCAAAGCCACCUGUCUGCACGCUUCCCAACUUUUUAUUAGAAGAUGGUGAGAGCUUUGGGCAAGGACGAGAUAGAAGUUCCCUCCUAGAUGACACAACUGUGACUUUGUCUUUGUGCCAGCUCCGAAACAGACUGAAAGAUGUUGGUGGGGAAGCAUUUUAUCCAUUGCUUGAAGAUGAACAGUCAACUUUACCUCAUUCAAACAGUAGUAAUGAGCUGUCUGCAGCUGCAAGUCUUCCUCUCAUCAUCCGGGAAAGGGACACAGAGUACCAGCUAAAUAGAAUUGUCCUGUUUGACAGGCUGUUGAAGGCCUACCCAUAUAAGAAAAACCAAAUUUGGAAAGAAGCCAGGGUUGACAUCCCUCCUCUUCUGAGAGGCAUAACCUGGGCUGCCCUGUUGGGUGUUGAGGGUGCCAUACAAGCAAAAUAUGAUGCCAUUGAUAAAGACACGCCAAUUCCUACGGACAGACAAAUUGAAGUUGAUAUUCCUCGUUGCCAUCAGUAUGAUGAGUUGCUGUCAUCACCAGAGGGUCAUGCGAAGUUUAGACGUGUAUUGAAGGCCUGGGUUGUUUCCCAUCCUGAUUUGGUGUACUGGCAAGGUCUUGACUCUCUUUGUGCACCAUUUCUGUACUUGAAUUUUAACAAUGAAGCUCUAGCAUAUGCCUGCAUGUCUGCUUUUAUCCCCAAGUAUUUGUAUAACUUCUUUUUGAAGGAUAAUUCUCAUGUUAUUCAAGAAUACCUGACAGUGUUUUCCCAGAUGAUUGCAUUCCAUGAUCCAGAGCUGAGUAACCACCUUAAUGAAAUUGGUUUUAUUCCAGAUCUUUAUGCUAUUCCUUGGUUUCUUACAAUGUUUACACAUGUCUUUCCUUUGCACAAAAUUUUUCACUUGUGGGAUACAUUACUGCUUGGAAAUUCCUCUUUCCCAUUCUGUAUUGGAGUUGCAAUACUUCAGCAGCUGAGGGAUCGUCUUCUGGCUAAUGGAUUCAAUGAAUGCAUUCUUCUUUUUUCAGACUUGCCAGAGAUUGAUAUUGAGCGUUGUGUUCGUGAGUCAAUCAACCUGUUUCGCUGGACACCGAAGAGUGCUACAUACAGGCAAUAUGCGCAGCCCCCACGGCAAAGCAACGAGACCAAUGGCACAAGAAGUUCCAUGUCCUGCUUUUCAGCAGACUAUCAGGAAGCACCUCGAAGUGACCUAUCUAGGGAUUCCAUCAAGUUGGAUGACCUGAAGGCAGAGGUGUCACCACGAAUUUCAGCAGAAGAUCUGAUCGAUUUGUGUGAGUUGACAGGACCUAAUCAUUCCAAAACACCUGUAAAGAAGACAAAGUCUAGCAAGCCGAAGUUGCUGGUGGUGGACAUCCGUAACAGUGAAGACUUUAACCGUGGCCACAUUUCAGGCAGCAUCAAUGUCCCAUUUGCAUCAGCAUUUACUGCAGAAGGCGAUCUUGUCCAGUGUCCAGCAACUGCCACACUCCAGAGCUUUAAAGGAAGAGUUGUGGUGAUUGUGGGAAAUGCAAUGAAGAAUACAGCUGCUUUUGCAGCUCAUCUAGUGAAAAACAAAUAUCCAAGGGUAUGCAUCCUAGAUGGAGGAAUCAACAAGAUCAAGCCAACUGGUCUCCUCACUGUUCCUUCUCCACAAAUUUAAGUGACUUUAAACGUUCAGGACAUUCUAUCUGAAUAGGGAAAUCUUACCUGAACCCAAAGGGCAUUAUGGCAUCUUCACUAUACAAGCUAUCACGAUGAUCUUGUCUUAUCCUGCAGAUCUUGAGCACGGGAGCUUUGUGUUUAUUCUUUGGUAUAGAGCUUCAGUUGGAACAGAUGAAGACUGUGAAGCUUCAAGCUUUCCAAGAAACCUCUUUCAGCAUUGAUGUAGUGCACAACUAGUUGAGCAAGUCUGGACACAAAAAGAGUUACUCAGCUGACAUUUGGUAUCUUACAAAUGUUUAUGCAGAACAAAGUAAACUAGCACUGGAUGGCUCUAAGCUGCAUUUAAAUAGCUUUUUUUUUCAAAAGUAUUUUACUGUGAAUAUUGGAAGUUACAAGCUGAUACUGUACCCUGUGUGUAUCCUGUGAAAAAAGUGUGUUCUUGAGUAUUUUAUAGAGUAAUUGCUGCAUCUUGUAACCUACUUUCUUUUUGAGAAAGCAUUUUUUCAUCUGAAUUAGAAAUAAAUAUGUGUCCCAGAUUGGAAGUCACUGUAAGAGCUGCUGCUGAGUCAAUUCAAACUGUCUUAUAUCCUACAGAAGUGUAGAAGGCCUGCUCCUCCAUGGAGAAUUUAAUGUUCGAUUUCCACAAACACAGCAAAUUCAACAGUUUCUAAAACAGUUAUAUUUGCCGGAAAGGUAGGCUGUUGACAAUACUGUGACUUAUGACUAUAGAUCAGAUACUCCAUGAAUAAUAGUGCUUUCCCAUUUUAGAAUCUCAUGCCUUAAAAAGAAAUGCUGCAAUUUUAAUUUUCGUAUGAAAACAUUUGACAGUAAUCACUCUUGUAUGAAGUGGAGGUGCAAAGUUCUGUUUGGUUUUCUGCUCUUUCAGCUAGUGGUGUCAAUUUUGUCUUUUUUUAAAUCCUGCUUCUUAGACAUGAACUUUAAAACUGACAGGUUGAGACAAUAAACCUGUUUCUAAA